CGACAACGGCAUCGCGAUGAACGACGACGGUGCGAUCGGUGCAUCGCCGGUGUGUGUUUGUAAUGCCGCUGCUCCUGGCCAUCCUCGUCCCCGUCGUCACCGAUCACCCGCGACUUCCUCCUCGACAUUUGGCCACGGUAAAAUCAAUCCAAUCUUCAAGCGACGAACGCAAUUCGGAGAAGAUGCCAACCGAGGACCAGGAAGACGAUGUAUUUCGGGUUGGACGUCUAGUCCUUCCGGCUUGCUCCAUCCAUGUGGACUACGUUCGAACGGGACCAAGGGGUUUGUCUCUCAUCUGCCGGCAAGCAACAACGAAGAUACUCUUCUUAGUCACAUCGUUAUGGCUGAUAUCGACGAGCAAAGAAGCUUCGUUUCGCGUCGAAGGAUUUAAUGGUCGGGGGAGGGAAGGUAAUCUCGCGGAAGAUUGAAGUCGACUUUCGACACAUCAACAUCUUGUAAGUGUUGCAGGCGAGGGAGAGACACGACACGACGAAAUAAGGUAAUAAAAAGAGCGGAAUUUCAAUUUCUAGCAGGACAAGUUUAAUUGCAAAACGUCCCUCGCCAAAAAUUUCUCGUCCAUGUCUUGCAAGGACGUUUAAUAUCAUAGAUGAUUAAAUAGCAUUUUAUCAAAGUUACGUCACACGGUUAUUUCUGUAAAUGUUCAUAAAUAACGAUUGUUACGAGAGAGAAAAAUGAAGAUUCUACGUGAUGUCGGGUUUUAUUGAAGAAGAGUCUGCUUUACGUUCAGAUCUUAGGAAAUCUGCAUUGUAUUUAUCGUUUUAACUCAAAACUUUGACUGAGA